CGUGUGUGUGUAUUGACCACGGUCCUUUACUCCGCUGCGCUCUGCGUCUGUGGACUUGAGCAGAAGUCAGUAAGAACAUAAAGGCAGCCGGGAGAGAGAGAGAGAGAGAGAGAGAGAGAGGGAGAAAACGAGGGAGGGAGGGAGGCAGGGAUACAGACAGACGGCUAGGGAGAGAGAGAGAGCGAGAGAGAGAGCGAGAGAGAACGAGAGAGAGCAAGAGAGAGAGAGAGAGAGAGAGAGAGAGAGAGAGAGACGCCUCUGUCCUCCUCCAGCACUUCACCGGACUUGGUGCGUUUGGACGGACGCGGUACAUCCUCCCGUGUGUGCGCGCUGAUCGGGAUACUAAGCACGAAGCUAUCUGGUUUAUUACACCCGUCAAGCUUUAUCUCCAUCCCUUCUUCUUGUUCUUCUUCUUCCUCCUCCUUUCGCUCGUUUAUGCCCACGUCGUCGCUUUUUCUGCAGCCGCGGCAGCUGCAUGAGAGAAAUUAACCCGCAACGAACCCGGAGCCGAGGCUGGCGAAAAUCAUUCAUCGACUGAGGAAGAAUACAUUUCUAUCCAAGAGCUCGCGUUUCGCUGUCGGAAGGAAGGAGGAGGGCGAGGAGAGGACUGUAUGAAAGAGGGCAGAAAAGGUUAUUCCUGACUCAUCUGUGCGCUGGAUGUGUAUACGCGCCCCAUACCGCGGCUGCGACUGGUGAUACGGACUAGGACGUCCAGCUGCCUUUGAGAUGUGAUUCUCUGGGGUUUCAUUUCACUCUGACAAAGCAAAAUACACUAUAACAGGCCUGUAUGGUGUCAGGAACACUGAGCUGUGACAAAAACAGCUCGCCUCAAGCCCGUCUGGGCUCAGCAGGAAGUACCUCCAGAUCUACUUCCAGGUCAACCUCAGACGUCAUGUGGACCAGAUGCCUGCUCUUCGUCUCAACCUUGUUUGCGCCCAUCGCCAUCGCCAACAGCCGUGCCCCUAUCCCCAUGGCAGUGGUGCGCAGGGAGCUGUCCUGCGAGUCCUACCCCAUUGAACUGCGCUGCCCGGGCACAGAUGUCAUCAUGAUCGAGAGCGCCAACUAUGGCCGCACCGAUGACAAGAUCUGCGACUCAGACCCCGCCCAGAUGGAAAACACGAGGUGCUACCUCCCCGAUGCGUACAAGAUCAUGUCGCUCAGAUGCAACAACCGUACCCAGUGUGCGGUGGUGGCUGGGCCUGAUGUCUUCCCCGACCCCUGCCCUGGCACCUACAAAUACCUGGAGGUCCAAUAUGAGUGCGUCCCCUACAAAGUGGAACAAAAAGUAUUUCUCUGCCCUGGCAUUCUGCGAGGAGUGUACCAAAGCGAGCAUCUCUUUGAGUCCGAUCACCAGUCCGGCGCGUGGUGCAAAGACCCGCUGCAGGCCUCAGACAAGAUCUACUACAUGCCAUGGACGCCGUACCGCACAGACACACUAACAGAGUACUCGUCGAAGGAGGAUUUCAUCGCAGGCCGUCCCACCACCACCUACAAACUCCCGCACCGCGUGGAUGGGACUGGUUUUGUCGUCUAUGACGGCGCGUUGUUCUUCAACAAGGAGCGCACGCGCAACAUUGUAAAGUUUGACCUGCGCACCCGCAUCAAGAGUGGCGAGGCCAUUAUCGCCAAUGCCAACUACCACGACACCUCACCGUACCGUUGGGGCGGCAAGUCCGACAUCGACCUGGCGGUGGACGAGAAUGGGCUGUGGGUGAUCUACGCCACGGAGCAGAACAACGGGCGCAUCGUGGUGAGCCAGCUCAACCCCUACACCCUGCGCAUCGAAGGCUCGUGGGACACCAGCUACGACAAGCGCUCCGCCUCCAAUGCUUUCAUGAUCUGCGGGGUCCUGUACGUGGUCAAAACCGUCUACGAGGACGACGACAACGAAGGGACGGGGAACAAAAUCGACUACAUGUACAACACCGAUAAGAGCAAGGAGAUGACUGUGAACAUACCAUUCCCGAAUUCCUACCAGUACAUCGCCGCAGUGGAUUACAACCCGAGAGACAACCUGCUUUACGUGUGGAAUAACUACCACGUGGUCAAGUACUCGCUGGACUUUGGCAACAAUGACUAUCGCCCACCUCCCAUGAUGCCUCCUAACCGAGGAGGUGGCGGUGGUGGAGGAGGAGGAGGGGGAGGAGGAGGAGGAGGAGGAGGAGGGGGAGGUCCAAUUGGCGGCGGAGCUGGUUCCUCCUCUUCGUCUACCAGCCGCACCACCACCACCCGCUCCCCUCCCUACUACACCACCCCGCGGCCACUCCUCACCACCUCCCCAGGCCAGCGCUAUCGAACCACCACCACCAUCCGCCAGCCCAUCCUGGUCCCCGCCGGCGGCUCGUCCUCUGACACCAACCAGAUUCCAGACACCAACCAGAAAGCUGGAGGUCACUCAACACCAGUGCUGGUCCCUCCAGCAGCCCCGCAACCUCCCGUCCUGCCUCCCCAGGACUUCUGCAGUCCGAGGGUGACAGCUGACAUAUCGUGGCCCCGGACGCAGCAAGGCCAGACAGCCAAACAGCCCUGCCCUGUAGGGACGCUGGGCGUGGCCACAUACGUAUGCGUGGCCCAUUUGGGCUACUGGGAUCCCCAAGGCCCUGACCUCAGCAACUGCACGUCGCCCUGGGUCAACCACAUCAUGCAGAAACUCCGUUCGGGGGAGACGGCAGCGAUCGUGGCGAGGGAGCUCGCGGAGCAGACCAAAGGGCUUCUGCGUCCCGGCGACGUUCCGUCCACGGUGCGGGCCAUGGCACAACUGGUCGAGCUGCUCGAUGUCCAGCUCAGGAACCUCACGCCCGGGGGCAAGGACAGCGCCGCCCGCAGCCUCACCAAGCUUCAGAAGAGAGAAAGGUCCUGCAGGUUUUUCACACAGGCUAUGGUGGAGACUGUGAAUAAUUUGCUGCAGCCACGAGCCCAGGCGGCGUGGAGGGAGCUGCCCACCAGCGAGCAGCUGCACUCGGCCACUCUGCUCCUCGACACCGUGGAGACCGGGGCGUUUAUGUUGGCUGACAACCUCCUCAAGACUGACACUGUGCAGGAGACCACUGACAACAUCCAACUGGAAGUGGCCCGGCUGAGCACGGAUGGGAACCUGGCAGACCUGACAUUCCCUCAGUCAGAGCUACACGGAAACUCCAUCCAGCUGUCAGCCAGCACUCUCAAACAGCACGGCAGAAACGGUGAGAUCAGGAUGGCCUUCGUCCUGUACAGGAACUUGGGCGCCUACCUGUCCACGGAGAACGCCAGCGUGAGACUGAGCAGCGAGGCCGUCUACCCCAAUUACUCUGUCAUCGUCAACUCCCCGGUCAUCACGGCGUCCAUUAACAAAGAGAGCAAUAAGGUUUACCUGUCCGAGCCCGUGGUCUUCACUGUCAAACACCUGCAGCAUUCGGAGGAGAACUUCAAUCCCAACUGUUCAUUCUGGAGCUACUCCAAGCGCACCAUGACGGGAUUCUGGUCUACACAGGACUGUCGUCUGCUGGCCACCAAUCGCACACACACCAGCUGCUCCUGCACACACCUCACCAGCUUCGCGGUACUCAUGGCCCACGUGGAGGUCAAGAAGGCAGACAGCAUGCACGACCUGCUCCUGGACGUCAUCACAUGGGUGGGCAUCCUGUUGUCGCUGGUUUGCCUACUCAUCUGCAUCUUCACCUUUUGCUUCUUCCGCGGGCUGCAGAGCGACCGCAACACCAUCCACAAGAACCUCUGCAUCAGCCUCUUCAUCGCUGAGUCACUGUUCCUGGUCGGGAUCAACAGGGCCGAUCAGCCGAUUGCCUGUGCAGUCUUCGCGGCCUUGCUCCAUUUCUUCUUCUUGGCAGCCUUCACCUGGAUGUUCCUGGAAGGAGUGCAGCUCUACAUCAUGCUGGUUGAGGUGUUCGAGAGCGAGCACUCCAGGACUAAGUACUUCUACCUGGCAGGAUACGGAGUGCCUGCUGUCAUAGUGGCCGUUUCCGCCGCAGUGGACUACAGGAGCUACGGCACCGACCGAGUGUGCUGGCUGCGAUUGGACACCUACUUCAUCUGGAGCUUUAUAGGCCCCGCCACGCUCAUCAUUAUGCUGAAUGUAAUCUUCCUCGGUAUCGCUCUUUAUAAGAUGUUCCAUCAUACGGCCAUUCUCAAACCAGACUCUGGAUGUCUGGACAACAUCAAGUCCUGGGUGAUCGGGGCCAUCGCCCUGCUGUGUCUGCUGGGCCUCACCUGGGCUUUCGGCCUGAUGUACAUCAACGAGAGCACCGUCAUCAUGGCCUACCUUUUCACUAUCUUCAACUCCCUGCAGGGCAUGUUCAUCUUCAUCUUCCACUGCAUACUGCAGAAGAAGGUGCGUAAAGAGUACGGCAAGUGUCUCCGCACUCACUGCUGCAGCGGCAAGAGCGUGGAGACGUCCAUCUCCUCCUCCAGUAAGACCACAACGUCACGGACCCCCGGCCGCUACUCCACAGGCUCACAGGUGAGCUUACCUGCCUGCACACCUGGACGCUACAGCACAGCAGACUCUCAGAGUCGUAUCAGGCGGAUGUGGAAUGACACUGUGAGGAAACAGGAGUCUUCCUUCAUCACUGGAGACAUCAACAGCUCCGCCACGCUCAACAGAGGAGCCAUGGCUAAUCAUCUUAUAACUAAUGCUCUCCUUCGUCCCCAUGGUACUAACAAUCCUUAUAACACUCUCCUCGGGGACUCGGCAGUCUAUAACAACCCAGCUGUGGGCAUGUACAACACCCAAGCACCUUACCGAGACACAAAGGGCAUCCUGAACAACGCAAGAGACUCCAGUGUUAUGGAUACACUCCCGCUUAAUGGUAACCAUGCCAACAACUACAGCAUGGCCAGCAGUGAGUACUUGAGCGACUGCGUCCAGAUUCUGGACCGUAGCGGCGGCUACGGCACCCACGGCAACCACAAGGAGACGACCCUGGAGAAGAAGAUCCUCAAGGAGCUGACCUCCAAUUACAUCCCGUCCUACCUCAACAACCACGAGCGGGCCACCACUGAGCGCAAUCACAACCUGAUGAACAAGCUGGUCAACAGCAGCAUGGCCAAUGGAGGGAGCAUGGCAGGAGGCAGCAGCAGCAGCAGCAGCAGUGGCGUCGGCGGCUGUGUGGGCAGCAGUAAAGAGGACAAUGGACCCAUGGUGCUGGACAACCCUGCGGCCUUCCCCCAUGAGGAGAACCUGGGCUUGGAGAUUAUCAGAGAGGAGUCCAACGCGCCGCUCCUGCCGCCCCGGCCUCCUCCGCCAGACAGCCACCCCCCGCCUCCGCCGCCUCCCCACAGCUUCUCCCGGCCACGGCGCAUUCCCCAGGAGACCAGCGAGAGCUUCUUCCCCCUGCUGACCAACGAGCACACUGAUGAGCACACGCAGUCGCCCAACCACAGAGACUCACUUUACACCAGCAUGCCAGUGCUGACGGACCUUCCAGACGGGCAGAUGAACGGUUUAACAGACGGCGAGGAGGACAGCUCCGGGGAGCUGCAGCCCUGUAAGAGUGCCACUGCUCCGGAGCUGGAUGACGUCUAUUAUAAGAGCAUGCCAAACUUAGGCUCCAGGAAUCACCUUCACGAGCUCCAGAGCUACUACCACAUGGGCCGUGGUGGCAGCGAUGGAUACAUGGUGUCCAGCAGCAAGGAGGAGUCCGAUUCGUCGCCCGAGGAGCCGCCCAUAGACCCUUCUCACCUGGUCACCAGUCUAUAGAGCCAACCAAGAGACUUCUAUCCCUCCCCAGCCCACUCUCACACUUCCAACCCUCCGAUGAAAACAUUCUGUGUUGUCGACUGAGCUGGCCCCACCACCCUGGACUGACAUGCUGUGUGUGACAUUAACUAUGGCUCGUGACAAUAUGGUUGAGAUAUCACCGGUCAAAUGAAAGCAGGGACUGAAUGUAUUGUCAUAAAUGGCGCAGACUGAAAAGGGCGGUUCUGAGAGACUUUUCGUGAACAUAAAUGGGACACUCAACCUGGAAAGGAGAGGAAUGGGGAGGGAUUCUGUAAUUUUACCCUACCUGUUACUUUAAUUUGGAAUCUUGAAUUGACUGAAGCCCUACAAGUUCCCCAAUAUGGACCUCUAGCAGAUCAUAGCAUAUAGUCUCCAAUACCACCACUACAGGGGCGUGGAGCUGCCUGUCUGUUUGUUUGUACGUCUGUCUCUCUGUCUCACUCUCAAAGACACAUACUGGGAUAUCGCUUCCACCUCUCCGAAGGGUAGAGCAGGAUAUUUAAACUCUGGUGUUCACAACAUAAACUGGCCUUAAAGAGGCCCCGCCCCACUACCUGCCAAUCAAGUGGAGGAUGUAUGAUAUAUGCCCUCACUACGGAUCACCCCGAAAACUAUUUUACUGGGCAACCGAACUGUACCCAUAUCACGCUGAUGUUCUGAAUUCUCUUCCUGUUCGUAUCUGCUAAACUGACGUUUUGUCCGGGCUGGUGUAACAUUCCUGCAAGUUGUAGUGACUGCGGCUACUGUGUAUUUCACUGAAAACAAAGAAGGAAGAUCAUAUUACAACAGACUGAAUUUAAAAAUACAAAAAAAAAAAAAACAUCAACAAAAAAAACCAACAAGAAUGGGUUCCGUUUCUUCUCCUUUCUUCUGUAAACGUUUUCAGUUAUCAAAGGAUUAUAAAGACAUCACAAACUGUUUCUAUGUAUUGUACAGAAUACAGAUACAGAUACAAAUGUUGCAUAUGACCAAGUCUUUUUAUUUCACGAUUUUUACGUUGCAAACCUUCUUUGUGUGGAACUGUUCUGAAACGUCACGACAUGUUCUGGUCAUGUGUAGACUGCAGAACGAGCAAAGGAACAAUCUUUCAUGUCACUCUUUUUCGUACAUACAGAGACAGUUAAGCACUCCUUAAUCGAUACGCAUAUACCCCGCGCGCACUUCAUCCUGGUCCUUUUUAUAGCAACACCACUGUCACUUAACAUUUUGCAAAUCAAUUGUUACUAUAUACUUUACCACUGUGUAGAUUUAAAACUAAAUGGGGGAAAAUGAAGUGGCAAAGUUAUGGAAACGGAAAUGCUAUGUUUUAGUCUUUGCUGAGGGUGGGACUCAUCUCAUUUGUUUCUUGAAUAAAGCAUUUCAUUCCUGAAGGCCAAUGGAUAUUUGGAGUUACACAAGAAUGGUUUAUGCAAGCAUAUCCUCUCUAUUGCCAAAUAUUUUACUAAUUGACGUUACCUUGCUGUGCUGGUUUAGAACUUGUUGUACAGAAAAAAACAAAACGAAAAAAAGAUACUGAGAAUAAUAAAUGUCAUUCUCUAAACUUAAAAAAAAAAAAGAGAAUUUCCACUAUUUGAAAAAGAGUGGGUCUCACCUGUGAAAUGCCAUGAUUACACCAUGUUUGUGUACUGAAGAUGUGAAAAAGCUCUGCACACAGCGGCACUGUCCAAUGUGGAAAGCCAAUGUUUACUUAUUUAGGAGAAGAUUUCAUAAGUGUAUGAAGUGUAGCUUGCACAUGUAUCCCACAAGCCCCCUCCAUUUCCCCAAGAGAGAAAUUAUUUAUUUAUCUGUUUAUUGGUUUGAAGACGGCAAAAAAAAAAAAAAGAAAAAAAAAAAACAAGCAUAGAGGAAAGAAAGCUGGCUUUAGGCAGGAAUAUAUAAAGUGGCACUGGGUUUGUUUUAUGGUUCUUUUUUUUAAAUUAUUAUGAUCAUGAUUAUUAUUACAAUAUUAUUGCUAAUUAUUUAUUCUUUUUGUAUGGGUUCCAAGUUGAAUGAUCUCAUAACUAAUAUUUGUUGUAACAGUGAAAGUUGUUUGCCAACAAAUAAAUUACUGACAUAGU